UCCCGCCAACUCAAACGGCUUGAAAGUAUUCAUAGGUCUCCAAUUUAUUCCCACUUUUCUGAAACUGUUCAGGGAGCGGCUUCUAUUCGAGCUUUCAGCAAGGUUUUAGUAGAAGACUUCCGGAAUGCGUCGGCCAAUAUCGUUGAUGCUUUCAUUAAGUGCAAACACUCAAACGUAGCCUCAAACCGUUGGCUGGCUAUCAGAUUAGAGUUUAUAGGCAACCUAGUGAUCUUUUUUGCUGCUCUUUUUGCAGUAAUUUCAAAAGAACUUGGAUGGGUUACUAGUCCUGGUAUCAUAGGUGUAUCAAUCACAUACGCUCUUAAUGUCACAGAAGUAUUAAAUUUCGCGGUUCGUCAAAUCAGCGAAAUAGAAGCGAAUAUCGUUGCUGUAGAGCGGAUAAACGAAUACACCAUUUCGCCCACUGAGGCUGCAUGGGAAAUUCCUGAAAAUAAACCGCCUUCCGACUGGCCCUCUCAUGGCACUGUCAAAUUUUUAAAUUACUCUACUAGGUACCGAGAAGGUCUUGAUCUCGUUCUAAAGGGAAUUUCUGCGGAUGUGCAUGAGGGAGAAAAGAUAGGGAUUGUCGGACGAACUGGAGCCGGUACACUAUGGUUAGAAUGUAUUUCGAAGCCUGCAAUAAUGGCUUUGCAUCUUCAGGAAAAAGCUCAUUCGCACUCGCACUUUUCCGAAUAG